CCUUUCCGUUUGUGUUAUCUAUAAAAUGAAAAAUCUGCCAAUCUGUUAAAAAUUUAAAAUUCACUAAUAAAUUUAAUAAUUUUUUAUUUUAUUCAAAUUUUAGAUGUUUAAAUUAUUAAAACAACUGUUUUAAAUCUUAAUCAUUAGUAAAAUAUUACAAGAAACCGAGGAAAUCUCUUUUUGAUUUUCAAAAAUACCAAAGAAAGUUAAUCAAUACUUUCAACCCAAUCGGGAAUGACUCAAUUUCUAUGGAUGAAUGCAAAGCUUUUAAAAAAGAAUAUGACAAGUGUUUUAAUAUUUGGUUCAGGGAUAAAUUUCUUAAAGGAAGUAAUGAUGACUCUGUGUGUUCAGAGCUUUUGAAGAGCUACACAGGAUGCGUCAAGGAGGCGAUGAAAGAAAAAGACAUUGUUAUUGAUGACUUCAGACGAUAUCAUCCAAAUAUUAGUCCUGAUUAUGAACCACCUAAAAACAAAUAAAAAUUGGAGUUACGUGUGUUUAGUGAAAAAGUGUUAAAAAAAAUAUUCAUUUUUAAUUUAACUAUUGUACCAAUGAUUUAAAAUUAUCUAUAAUGCAUUAUAUUUAAGCAUGACUUACAUUCUGUUUUAUAUGUAUGAUAUAUAUUGGACAUUCUUGUUGUAACAAAAUUGAAUAAUUUUUAGGUAAAAUGUUUUGUGUAAAUUUUAGGUCAUACUUUUCUGGAAAAAAAAAAGAAAUAGGUAAAAUUUUUUC